AUGGGAAAGAAUGUCUUCUUUAUGUUGCUGGCUAUUGUCUACUUGCUUAUCAACAUUGUUACAUCUCUAAAUAGCUCCAUAGAUGAAUAUGCUCUUUUAGCUUUCAAAUCUCAAAUAACCUCCGAUCCAAAUAAAAUCUGGGCAAAAAAUUGGUCACAAGGAACCUCGUUCUGUAAUUGGAUUGGCAUUUCUUGUGGCAGGAGACAUCAAAGAGUUAGGGGCUUGAAUCUAGCAAAUAUGGGUCUAGGAGGUACUAUUGCUAAAGAAAUUGGUGAAAUCUCUUUUUUGAGAUCCUUAAUUAUUAGCAACAAUAAUUUUCAUGGGUUUAUCCCUAAUGAAAUUGGUAAACUCAGCCAGCUUCAAGAAAUAGAGAUGCAGAACAAUGGACUCAGUGGCUCUAUUCCGCCAACUUUUGAAUUUCUUGAAAAUCUAUUGAAGUUAAAUAUCUCCAAUUAUGGACUCCCUAGAGAUAUUCGUAACAGGAUUUUCAACCUCACUUCUCUGAUUGAAAUUAGUUUUCGAAGCGAUAGACUCUCAGGAAGUCUACCUAUGGAUAUUUUCUUCAAUCUUCCAAAGCUGGAGAGGCUAAGGAUUUCAAGGAAUCAAAUGAGUGGAAACAUUCAUCCAAGCUUGGGGAGCUUAUUGGUGACCAAUACUAUGGAGGAGGUUAUUGGGGAGAGUGAGGCGACGCUGGUGGUGGUAUCUAUAACUCAUCAGUACUUUUGGUAUUCAUUAAUUUGUGUUGACAAGCACAACAAUACAGGUACAAUUAUGCAUUCAAAUUCAGGGCAAAUACCUGAAUCCAUCUUCAAUCUCUCCAUGUUACAAAUACUUUCGUUGAGUGACAAUAGUAUCUCCAGCAAUAUUCCAUCGUCAAUAUCCAAUGGUCUCCCUAAUCUUGAACGUCUCUUACUUGGUGACAAUCAAUUGAGUGGAAAAAUUCCUCCCUCUGUUUCAAAUUUUUCAAAACUUGCUAAGUUGGAUCUUCAUGGCAACUCCUUCAGUGGACAAGUGCCCAUGAACAUUGGGAAUUUACAUAACCUACAUUUUCUACAUUUUGGCUUUAAUCAGUUGACAAAAAAUCCUUCAGUGAUCGAAUUAGAUUUUCUUAUUUCAUUGCAAAAUUGUAGGCAGUUGAUGAUCUUAGGGAUAGAAAACAAACCUUUCCACGAAAUAUUAGCAAAAUCAUUGGGUAAUUUGUCAGAAUAUGUUGAAUCUUUCACUGCUGAUUAUUGUGGUGUUAAAGGCAUCAUUCCUAAUGAAGUUGGUAAUAUGACCAACUUGAUUGAGUUAGGCAUUGGAAGCAAUGAAUUGAUAGGAACAAUUCGUGAUACAUUGAGUCAAUUAAGAAAAUUGCAAAAGCUGAGACUAGGUGUCAAUAAACUACGGGGUCAGUAUCUGCCAACAUUUGCAAUUUGGUACAUCUGUAUUAUCUUGAUUUGGGAAAUAAUCAGCUUUCUGAACAGUUGCCAAAGUGUUUAG